UCGUCGCCGGAUGAUGCGCGGCGGCUCCCGGACGGGGAGACCCGCUUGCCGUGCCUAUGUCGUGAGCGUCUGCUAAUCUGCCCCUCAGCCCGAGGAGGUCAUCCUCGAGGUGCCGACGGCCUGUCUCCGCAGCGUGGACACGGUCCCGAAGCCGGUGUCGCGCCGGCUCCCCAAGACGCUCACCGUCCACGGCCUGCUGGCGGCGGACCUCGCGCUGGACCGCUCGGCCAAAUAUGCGGUGUGGGACGCGGUGUGCCCGGCUCCUGAGGACUUCGCCGGCAUGCCUCUGGUCUGGCCGGCGGAGUUGCGCGCGCACCUCCCCGCCGCCGCGCGCGCCCUGCUCGCGAAGCAGGAGGCCAAGCUGCGGAGCGACUGGGCCACGGUCUCGGCGGCUUACCCGCAGCUCGCCGAGGCCCGCUACCGCUACGCCUGGCUGCUCGUCAACACGCGCACCUUCUACUACGUCAACGCGCGGCUCGAGAAGCGCGCUAAGGACGACCACAUGUGCCUGAUGCCCGUCGCCGACCUGUUCAACCACGGCGACGAGGGCUGUAACGUCGCCUUCGACGCCGACGGCUUCUCCAUCAAGGCCACGCGCGCGUACGCCGUAGGCGAGGAGGUUAAGAUCUGCUACGGCCCCCACAGCGGCGACUUCCUGCUCGUCGAGUACGGCUUCGUCAUGGCCGAGAACCGGUGGGACGAGAUCCGCCUCGACGACGCGCUGCUGCCGAGGCUAAACGCCCGGCAGAAGGAGAGGCUCGAGGGAGUCGGGUUCCUCGGCAAGUACGUGCUCGACCGCGAGACCGUCUGCCACCGGACGCAGGUCGCGGUGAGAUUGCUAUGCUGCAGCGUCAGGGAGUGGAAGCGGUUUGUGGACGGGGUAGACGACGGCGAGAGCAGCCAGGCCGACGCGAACCGGCUGAUUGUCGAGCUCUUACGAGAACUGCGGCACAACGCCGAGAAGACGGCCUCCCAAGUGGAGGCCUCGGAGUUGGGCGACCCCCCGCAACGAGAGGUGCUGGCACAGCGGUGGCACUCGAUCCGGGACCUGGUCGAUACGAAUAUAGCACUCCUCGACACAAAUAAUUCUAGCUAAGCGGAAGAGAAUUUGUUCGGCCACACCCCGUCUGAUUCGCGAGGGUUGGCGCAGUAAACAUUGAUGAGGGUUUUCGGUAGUAGAUACCUACCUAGGUAUCAAUUAAUAGUACAUGGCAAGUCACCAACUUGACUUGCGCUGGCGGAGCUUUUCCCCAGGCGCCACAUCAUGCUGUCGUACCUGUCUCUCAUGCUCUUAUGCCUCCUGUUCGAGUCUCUUCCCCCCCUCCCAUUUUUCCUUGUUCCC